AUGGACGUCACCAGUGUCAUCGGGGACUACGGCAGGUUCCAGAGGAACGUGUUCUUGUUCUGCGUGUUCAGGGGCUUCCCAAACGGUCUUCAUCUGGUGGCGUACACCUUCUUUCUGCCCGUGGUCGAGCACUGGUGCGCCUUGCCCGAUCAACUCUCCGGCAAUGUGACAGUGAAACAGUGGAAGGCGAUGGCGCUGCCUCGUGAGGCGGCACCCGGGGGUGGCGCUCGUUACAGCAGCUGCUUCAUGUUCCCGGUGGAACGCAUUGAAUCUGAGCUUGUGGCAUUUGAAAACAUCACGACUGCCUGUAAAAGAUGGCAGUACGGCGAGAGCUUCUACAAACAUUCUCUUGUACAGGAGUGGGACCUGGUAUGCGACCGAGCCUGGAUGCGAUCUUGGGUUCAGAGCGCCACUAUGGGAGGGAUGCUGCUGGGGAACCUGCUCUGCUCUGCCCUUGGAGACAGGUUGGGACGCCGCCCCAUCGUCAUCGUCUCGUUCUCGCUCAGUCUUCUCGGGGGCAUCGCGGUUGCCCUGUCGCCUUCCUACCUAUUCCUUCUGGUCGCCAGGUCUGUUGUGGGCCUUGGACUCGGCCUUGGACAGGCAUCCUCCUUCUGCCUACUGAUGGAAGUGAUCGGACCCAAGGAGAGGACGUCGGCGUCCAUCACCUUCGCCCUCGGAUUUGCCCUCGGGCUUGUGGCACUCCCGGGACUUGCCUGGAUCCUACAAGACUGGAGGCAUCUGCAGGCCGCCAUUACCGUGCCUCUCGUCGUCCUCGCCGUGUGGGCCUGGUUCCUUCCGGAGUCUCCGCGCUGGUUGAUUGCGAUGGGCAGAUUGAAGGAGGCGCGUAAGGUCAUCCGCCGAGCAGGAGCUGCCAACAAGCUUGACACCAAGGACGUGGACUCUGUCGUCGAACAGCUCUAUAAAAAGAUCACAGAGCAAAACGAAGAGGACGGACAAGUGAAGUGUUCUGAUCUACUGAGCACCCCAAAAGUUCGACUAUACAGCAUCAUCCUCAUCUACAUCUCGACGGCGUGUGGAGCCGUCUUCUAUGGUCUGCAGUUUUCGGUGACGUCACUGGGAGGCGACCCUUACAUCAACUUCCUCCUGGCGGCCGCCGCCGAGUUUCCGGUCUGUCUGCUCUGCUACUGCACGGUGCGAUGGUGCCGCAGACGCCAGACCAUGCUCGUCACCUUCGCUCUGGGUGGCGCCUGCUCCAUAGCCGUUGGCCUCCUUCUAUUCGCCGGUUCGAACACGGUGUGGCUCCGUCAAUGCCUGGGCAUCGGCGGCAAGCUGCUCGCUUCUGCCUCGCUCUCGCUCAUCUGGAUGUUCGCCGCCGAGGUGUUCCCGACCGUGGUGCGCACCGUGGGCGUCAGCGCCUGCCUGAUGGGCACCAGCGUGGGCUCGGCCCUGGUGCCCUUCGUCAUCGAGCUGCGGAACUACACGAACGAAGCGGUGCCCCUGUCGAUUCUGGGAGGACUCUUCCUGCUGUCCGCCGUCCUGGUGCUUCUCCUGCCCGAGACGUUUCGGGUCGCCCUGCCCGACACUAUCCGGGAGACCGUGGAACUUACUCGGUCCAGGUGA